AUGGUGCUAGACACGGAGGAUCCUGCGCGGUUGUUUUUCCCAGACCAGGAAGAGGUCGAUUUAUACUCAGUUCUUGAGCUUGAUUCUGAAGACAAACCUAGUGGCGAGGCUAUCAAGAAGGCCUAUCGGAAGCUAGCACUUCGUUAUCACCCCGAUAAAGCAGCUUUGCACGGUGGCGAAGCGGAGACAAUUUCAAAGAAAUUUCAACAGAUUGGCUUUGCUUAUACCAUCCUAUCUGAUGAGAAGCGCAGAAACAAAUAUGACCGUACUGGCUCUACUAGUGAUUCCAUCUGGGACAGCGACGAGCCUAUAGACUGGAAUGAGUAUUUUAAGACCUUAUGGUCUGGUGAAGUGAGUGCUAAGACACUUGACGAUUUUAAAAAGUCGUACCAAGGAUCUGAAGAAGAAGAAGUGGACAUUUUGAACGCCUAUCAAGAGCAUGAAGGCGAUCUUGAAAAAAUCUUCUCCGCUAUCCCUUGCUCGAAUAUACUGGAAGACGAGAAGCGUUUCAUUGACAUUAUUGAUUCUGCCAUCCAGGAGAACAAAGUAGUCAAAACGAAGAAAUGGGCUUCUAUGCAAGGGCCUAAAGGCAAUAAAUUCCGUCAGGCUUUGCGCUCAAAAGCUAAGAAAGAAGCCAAUGAAGCAGAGCAGUAUGCUAAGGAAUUAGGUGUAUGGGAUGACCUGUUUGGACAAGGCAAAUCUAAGGGUAAAGCAUCUAUGAAAAGGAAGAAGGAGAAUACAAACACAGAGAACAAACAGCGAAAACAGGAUGACGAUGAUGAGGAUGUAAAUUUGGACGCGUUACGUGCUGCAAUGCAAGCCAAAGCAAAGAAAAGAGAGUCUUCCUUUGACGAUAUGAUCACUCGUCUAGAGAAAAAGCACUCGCAGCAACCAUCAAAGCGUAAAAAGAAGUCGAGUUGA